GUCAGGACGGGCGUGCGUUGGUGGUGGUCGCACGACUCCGACUCGUGCCGGCGUUCGUAGUCCGAGUGUCGUCGGUACUAGCAGCAGCAGCAGCAGUGUUAGUUGCUAGUAGCAGCGUCGGCGGCAGUGUUAGUAGCAGCGUUGGUCAUUGUCAGUAGCAGUGUUUGUGGUUCACAGUGUUAGUGGCUGGUGGAAGUGGCGGUAGCAGUGUUGGUCGUGUUAUACGAGUAGCAGUGUGUGUGGUUCGUAGCAGUGUUAGUAUCGGUGGUCGCUGUGCCACCAGUAGUAUUUUUCAAAGUCACAAUUCCUGGGCGCAGACACAAAAGGCCCCAAAAACAUCAAGCGGCCGGCAACAAGCUGCACAAUCAAGGUUGCAAUAGAUGAGAGUUAAAACACGUGCCUGUAGUAUUAGCGUUUAAAAGGAGUAAGUAGCUAGUGGUAGUUUUGGUAGUUGUAUUUCUCGUUCUAGAGCUGUUGGUGCCGAUAGUCAGCAGUAGUGCUUUGAGUAGUUGGUGGCAGUGUUAAUAAUAAGUCAAACUAGUAUUCGUAGUUGGUGGUGGUAUUGUGAGUUAGCGGUGGUGCUUGGUGUCGGCUCGCGUGGUCAUCAUGUCCUCGGCAGAAGAGGCAAGCAGCGGGGCCAAGAAGGCGACCAAGAGUAAACUAUUCGAGUUCCUCGUGCACGGCAUCCGACCCGGCAUCCCGUCUGGCGGCCGCCUGCAGCCCUCGGGGCCCCCCAUGGGCCCCCCGGCGGGGCCUCCGUACGGCGGGGGCCCCGUGAUGGGUGGCGGGCCGGCGAUGGGGGGCGGGGGACCCGGCAUGGGAGGGCCGAUGGGACCCAUGGGCGGCGUGGGACCGCUGGGCAUGCGGCCCGGCAUGGGCCCCCCACCGCACCAGGCGUCCCCGCACGGCCCGGCCCUCACCAUGGCAGACUCAUCGCGCAAGCGCCCAGCGCCGGCUUCCCAGGGCUCGCAGCUGGCGCAGCAGUCGCACCACCAGCAGAGCCGCAACCGCUGUGCCAAGAAGAAGAAGAUGGCCGAUAAGGUGCUGCCUCAGAGGGUGCGUGAGCUGGUGCCCGAGUCACAGGCCUACAUGGACCUGCUGGCAUUUGAGCGCAAGCUGGACCAGACGAUCAUGCGCAAGCGCCUGGACAUCCAGGAGGCGCUCAAGCGGCCCAUGAAGCAAAAGCGCAAGCUACGUGUGUUCAUCUCGAACACCUACAACCCCGCCAAGCCAGACGCCGAGGACGAGGAGGGCAGCAUUGCAUCAUGGGAGCUGCGCGUGGAGGGGCGGCUCCUGGAUGACAUGACGUCGAACAAGUACGACACGAGCAAGCAGAAGCGCAAGUUCUCCUCUUUCUUCAAGAGCCUGGUUAUCGAGCUCGACAAGGAUCUCUACGGGCCCGACAACCACCUGGUGGAGUGGCACCGCACGCAGACCACUCAGGAGACGGACGGGUUCCAGGUGAAGCGCCCAGGUGACGUCAAUGUGCGCUGCACUGUACUGCUCAUGCUGGACUACCAGCCGCCGCAGUUCAAGCUGGACCCGCGUCUGGCGCGAUUGCUGGGGAUCCACACGCAGACGCGCCCCGUCAUCAUCCAGGCGCUGUGGCAGUACGUGAAGACUCACAAGCUGCAGGACUCGCACGAGCGCGAGUACAUCCUCUGCGACAAAUACCUGCACCAGAUCUUCGAGUGCCCGCGCAUGAAGUUCUCGGAGAUCCCGCAGCGCCUGCACGCACUGCUCAUCCCUCCCGACCCAAUCAUCAUCAACCACAUCAUCAGUGUCGACUCCAACGACCAGAAGAAGACGGCCUGCUACGACAUCGACGUGGAGGUGGACGACACCCUCAAGACGCAGAUGAACUCGUUCCUGCUGUCCACUGCGAGCCAGCAGGAGAUCGCCACGCUCGACACCAAGAUCCACGAGACCAUCGAGACGAUCAACCAGCUGAAGAUCCAGCGAGAGUUCAUGCUGGGAUUCGCACGUGACCCCCAGGGCUUCAUCAACGACUGGCUCCAGUCACAGUGUCAUGACCUGAAGACGAUGACGGAUGUGGUGGGGAACCCCGAGGAAGAGCGCCACGCCGAGUUCUACUUCCAGCCGUGGGCACAGGAGGCCGUGUGCCGCUACUUCUACUCCAAGGUGCAACAGCGGAGGCAGGAGCUGGAGCAGGCGCUGGGCAUCCGCAACACCUAGCGUGGUGCCACGUGCUCGUGUACACGGGGGAGGGGGGGGGGAAGAGGGGGACGCGUGGGUGGUGAUGGGCUACCAGAUGACCCCUCCCCUACAGCCCACAGCCGCCUCCCCGCCCCCCCAUCUCCAUUCCCCUCUCCCCGGCAACUUAGAAUGUCUGCUCGUCUCAGGUGAAGGCGCCGGUCUGCGUGUGCCGUCGUGACUGCUGGGGCAGCUCGCUGUAGAUCUUAUUCAGGUAUCAGUAGCGGUUAGUGAACGCCUCCUCCCUCCCCCUUCCCUACCCCCCACCCUCUCCUUCCCACAAUCCUCGUGCUUCCCUCAACUCCCUUCUCCCGCAUUCCUCACUGCCCCCCCCACCAAGUGAGUUCUCAGCUGGUUUAAAAAAAAAUCUACUUGAAGCUUGAAACUCCCACCCACUCCCUUAUUCACUCUAUACUCAUCUAUCAAUGGCUUAUCUGCCCUCAAUGUUUUAGUCAUCCUCGACUCAUUCACCAAAUCAACCUCUACUUAAUCCUCCAAACCUCACUGCCCUGACUCCUCGGGGUGACCACCACCACCACCAUACCAACUACCCAAUGUCCACAUACGUCAAUCAUCCAGUGCCUAUCACCACUCCCGCCCUGUGAUUACCAUCAUAACCACCCCACAAUGUAUACCACCCAGUGGCUGUCACCACCCCACAUACCCAGUGACUAUCACCAUAGCAACCCAGUAACCACCAGCACCCACCCUCCCGCCCAUUCUUGCCUUGGCCACCGCUGAAUUUCCCAGCCACCGGGCUUCAUCCCCCGCUCCCACCUCCACCCCCCAUUCUAACCCCUGGAACCCCUGCCCAGCCCAUGGCCCGUGUAUCCUCGCCCCUGGGCUGUGUGUGUGUGAGCUUUCCCUGCUACGCUCCGUAACGGAUUUUUCCUCCCCAGAGCUCUCCACCCCUUAAGGUACUCUUUCUCUUCAGUAGAAGUUAGGAACAUUAUCCUGAUGAGAGCGGUAGAAUGUGAUGGCCGAAACUGGGUUUUUUUUUGUAAGAGCUGUGGUUUUAAUUGCGUUGAGCAUUUGUUACUUUUCAGCCAAGGGACCAUUUUGUGUCGUCUCACUGGUGUGACCGUAGUGGUGGGGGAAUAUAAAUCGGCCUUUUAAACUUC